AUGCGGUGGUGGCUGAAGGCGUGGGGUCGGCUGCCAGAAACGGCCUUUGGGAGGGAUUAUUCGUGGCAGCCCAGAGCGGGGCUCCCGCGUUCGACAGGGCUUCAGAAAUACCAGGCCUCGUUUCCAUGGGAACGGGAUCCCUCCGUAGGGGGCGGGGACAUUCCAGGCAGAAGUCGCGGGAAACCGCUCGUGCCCUGCCGUUGGAAUCACGCAAAGGAGGCUGAGGGAGAACUUAGCUUACUGAGCAUAGUGGAAAGCUACUUCGACCGGGCGGAGCGUGUGAUUGAAAAGGAGCUCGUAAAGCGACUUCGCAUUCCCAAGGACGAGAAUGGGCGAAUGCUGCGGGUUCGCGGGGUCUUGGACGCAAUCCGGAGCUGCGGCCACGUCCUGGAGGUGGCCUUCCCCGUUCGUAGAGACAGUGGCUGUUGGGAGUUGAUCAAGGGCUGUCGUGCCCAACACAGCCAGCACCGUAUGCCAUGCAAAGGAGGAAUUCGAUAUAGCAAAUCUGUUAGUUCUGAUGAAGUAAAAGCUUUGGCAGCUUUGAUGACAUACAAGUGUGCAGUGGUAGAUGUUCCUUUUGGUGGAUCAAAGGCUGGUGUGGCUAUUGAGCCAAAGAAUUAUUCAGAAAAUGAACUGGAGCAAAUAACAAGAAAGUUCACAUUGGAAUUGGCCAAGAAAGGUUUUAUAGGUCCUGGAAUUGAUGUAGCUGCUCCUGAUAUAAACACAGGAGAAAGGGAGAUGUCCUGGAUUGCUGAUACAUAUGCCUGUACACUUGGACACAAGGAUAUCAAUUCAUAUGCCUGUGUGACUGGGAAACCCAUAAGUCAGGGAGGAAUCCAUGGGCGCAUGUCAGCCACAGGCCGUGGAAUUCUACAUGGAAUUGAAAACUACAUCAACAAUGCAACAUAUAUGGAUCUUAUUGGCCUUAAAACUGGUUUCUCUGGUAAAACUUUUGUUUUGCAGGGAUUUGGCAAUGUGGGUUUUCACUCAAUGCGAUACCUGCAGCGAUCUGGAGCAUGCUGUAUAUGCGUUGAAGAAGUAGAUGGUGCCAUCUAUAACACCGAUGGAAUUGAUUCCAAUGAACUACAACACUACAAACAAGAACAUGGCACCAUUGUUGGUUUUCCAAAGGCUAAGAAACUUGAGGGCAGUGCCCUUGAGGUACCUUGUGAUAUCCUUAUUCCAGCUGCUAUGGAGAAACAGCUUACAAAGGCAAACGCUCAUCAUGUCCAAGCAAAGAUUAUUGCUGAAGGUGCUAAUGGCCCUACAACUCCAGAUGCUCAUGACAUCUUUUUGCAGAGAAAAAUCCUUGUACUUCCGGAUUUAUACAUAAAUGCAGGUGGUGUGAUAGUUUCCUUUUUUGAAUGGCUGAAGAAUCUCAACCAUGUCAGCUAUGGGCGUCUUACUUUCAAAUAUGAGCGUGAUUCUAACUAUCAUCUGCUGAUGUCAGUGCAACAAAGUCUGGAGAGAAAAUUUGGGAAAAGCGGUGGAAGUAUCCCUAUUAUACCCACCUCAGAAUUCCAAGCUAGAAUAGCAGGUGCCUCAGAGAAGGAUAUUGUUCACUCUGGACUAGCUUUCACCAUGGAAUGUUCAGCCAUGCAAAUCAUGAGUAUAGCCACAAAGUAUAAUCUAGGCUUGGAUCAGAGAACAGCUGCCUAUAUUUGUGCCAUUGAAAAGAUCUUUAAGACUUACAUCGAAGCAAGAUUCAUUUACUGAAACUAUCCACUGCUGGCCUUCAACCUACUGGUUAAAAAAUACAAACAACAAAAAAGUAUGUAUUACUUUAGAAGAUAAGGAACCUCUAAGCAAGAAAGUUGGACCAAGAUGUUGCUGUUAUGUUAUAGAACAUUUUUCUCUUUCAAUUUUAAUUUUUAAUUUAAUUCAAUUUAUAUGCCGCCCCUCUCCGAAGACUCAGGGCGGCUCACAAUACAUUUAAAAUCCUAAUAAAAAACAUUUAAAAAUUAAAAACAUUAAAACUCAUUCAUACCAUUCAUGGCCGGAUCUCGCCAGAUCGCAAGAGCGAGAUCAACGGCCCCAGGCCUGCCGGAAAAGCCAGGUCUUCACCGCCUUUUCAGAAGGCCAAUAGGGUGGGGAUGGUCCGGACCUCAGGAGGUAACUGGUUCCAGAGAGCUGGGGCAGCCACAGAGAAGGCCCUCCCCCGUGGGCCCGCCAGCCAGCAUUGUUUAGCUGACGGGACCUGGAGAAGAUCAACUCCGUGGGAUCUUACCGGUCGCUGGGAGCUAUGCGGUAGAAGGCGGGCUCUUGUUUUUAUCCUAUUCCUUCCUUUCAUUUUCACAGACUUUCUGAGAUAUAAUUAUUAAUUUUUUUCCUGAGUUUUAGUUUCGAUCUAUAGGUAGAUGCUUUGUUGUUGUGCAACUUUAUGUUACUGCUAUUUCACUUGUCCCGAAUUCUUACUCUAUUUUGGUCUAUGCGAUACCACUUUUCUAUCUUGUGACCUCCUCAGUAGAUGAGAUUAAGAAUUAAUGCUUCAUUUUUUAAAGUUGUCAACUUGGAUUCUGAAUCUGGCAAAGUUUAUUCCUUGCAAUAAACCUUCUUAUUUAUUUUUAUUUUAAAUAUCAUACAUAUAAUCAGUAUUUAUAUCCUUGAUGUUCUGUGCUGCAUUUUCAUUGUAGUUUGUUUCUCAUAUACAGUAUAUUCCCAAGAUCUUGCAACUUAAAUUGCCGCUUGUAUCUUCAAAGGAUUAUUAUCAUUGCAUUGUUGAAUAACACUGAUGAAAUAUGGUAUAGUAGUAAGGAAAUGUGAUGGCAAAUGUCUAUCCAAAUCUCUGGAUAACGUUCUGUUAAUAUUAGUCUUUCCAGUCACAUUUCUGAAUAGAUGUAUGGCUGUGGCAGAACUAAUGAAAAAAAGAGUUCUGCUUUAGAUAUCUGGGCAAACACUUUUAUGUAAUUGUACUCUGUUCAGAAGCAGCAGCAGCAGCAGGAUCUCUUUAUUCAUGGAACAGUUAAGAAAGCUGAUUCACAAUGUUAUAGUAGGCUAUAACAUACUCUGAUAAACCUGGUAAGUUACUUUUGUAUGCACAUUUGCCUAUUUUUCUAAGCAACUGCAGAAAUUACUUUUUAUAUUACUAGUAAAUUUUCAGGACUUGGCAAAAAUCAAGGCAGCCAUGUGCUCUAUAAUUGUGACUCAAUGGGCAACAUUCACAAAAACAAGUAAUCUGUUUCAAACACAGAUCUUUUGCCCCUAGACAGAUUGACUUUUAAAAAUUAAAUAAAUAAAUUUGAUAGACAGACAGACAGACAUGGUAAAUAGAUAGAUAGAAAUAGAUGAAUAUUAAUAAUAAAGUAGAUGUAAGUUUGGAAACAAUUGCAUUGUGAGUCAUUAUUUCUUUUGGUUUAAGAAUGAGAAGGUUAUUAUUUCUAGAAAGCAUACGAAAGUUUUAAUAAAUUUAAAAAGAUUACUAUCUAAUUAACAUUUUCAUAGAUAAAUUUAAUGGGCAGAGUUGUAAUAUGUAAAAAGUAUGCCAAGCAUUUGAAGUAUUUCCAUUCCUUAAGGGUUGUAGAUUUAGUCACACCAUGUUUUAGCACUUGAUUAAUCACAUCCCAGUUGUAAAUGUUAUCAGCAGGAAUCCCAUAGGUCAUAUCCGAUUAGGUCUAAGUACCUUAUAGGCACUUAGGUGUCUCCCACCUGGCUCAUAAUUUGUUUGUACAUUGACAUCUGCAGUGGUAGUCUUUGGUCAUAAAAAGUUCAGUAUCAUAUAAAGGGUUUUGCCACCAGAGGGCAGGGUUGACAUUAAGUAGGAGGGAAAAGGAAAGGCUGGGAAUAAGAAAGGAAAAAAGACAUGAUAGCCAUAAAAGAGAAGCCUAAGAAAGGGACAAUCCUUUGUGACAAGAGGGUUGAAGGGGAAAAACCCCUGUAAAUUUAACCUUUCAUUAUCACUAUAUACAGUACAACUGGUGUCUGUCUUGGUAGAAAUUGUUUUUCAUCUCGUUCAGGUUGAUUUGGCUGCAGUAAGGCAUGUUAUAUAUUCAAGUCAAGUCCUAGGCUUUCCUAUGAGUGCAUUGAGUUCCAAAGGGAAUUACAUUUGAAAGCAACUUUGAUACCAAAAAGCAUAAAAGAUUCACAAUGCUAUAUUCUCUUGGAAAAGAAUUAUUGGUUCUUUGACAGUAGAAAUGAUUAUAUAAAUGUUCCAGGAAAUAUAUUGUGGACCUAAGUUGGACAGACUUUAUUUUUUUCUAAAAUUAAUUCAAUUUGGUGGUGUCUGCAGUUGCACAAUAUGUUUAAAUAAUUCUGACAAGCAUCAGCAGCUUUAGACUGUUAACUUGUAUCAGGUUUUUGUAUAUGUUACACAAAUCUUUAAGCUUUUGAGCAAAAAAAAUUUUUGAGAAAAAAUAAUAGUUUAUUGAAAAAUAAGCCAUGUAAAUGACAUGUAUGCUUCUCCAUCUUUCACAAUUAUUAAAAAAUUAUGACCUAUUAUCAUAGCCUUUAAAGUUAGGCUUUAAUCACAUGGCAAAAGUCAAUGAAUCAGCAUUGUAAGUGAUUCAGUGUUGGAUAGUAUGCUACUACCUUAUAUGCUGGGAACACUUUAAAGAGGCUGUUGAAUUCCUCAUUAAUGGGGCAAAAAUUUCUGUUAUUGCUGCCAGAUCUGGGCUACAAAAAACUAGAUGACAACCCGA